CAGUCAUGUGAUCAGCUGUGUCCAAUCACAGCUGAUCUCAUGGGACAUGUACACUGAUCAUCAGGGCACUGAUUAUCAGUGUGCCCUGAUGAUCAGUGUGGCCCCAGAAGUGCCACCUGUCAGUGCUCAUCAGUGCCAUGUGCCAGUGCCCAUCAGUGUCACAUCAAUGCCACAUAUCAGUGCAUACCAGUGCACAUCAAUGCCACAUAUCAGUGCCCAUCUGAGCUGCCUUUCAAUGUCACCCAUCAGUGCCAGUCAGUGUCGCCUAUCAGUGCCAGUCAGUGUCGCCUAUCAGUGCCAGCCAGUGUCGCCUAACAGUGCCAGUCAG